AUGGAAGUCUAUGAUUUUUUCAGUUUCUUGUUGAUUCUAAAGGAAUCUAUCAAACUUCUCCCGAAAAAUGGAAAGCUCAUGGCUUCAAUAUUUAUAUUUUCCCUCAUCCUAUAUGCAAUCUUGUUCAUUUCUUUCACCUUCUCCUUCCAAUUCUUGUUCAAUGAUAUUGCCGAGGUUUAUAUGAAUUCUAGCUUUGUAGCUGAUCAGAGCCCAUUUACACCGAAUACUACCUCUUUAAGGUCUAACUCAACCGAGCUUCUUGGCAUAGAACGGCUCAGAGAUGAUUUUGCCCUUCUUGUGGCUGUGCAAAUGGCUUGCCUUCUUGCUGUUCUCAUUGUCUCGAACUUCUCCACUACUGCAACAAUAUUAGUAUCAGCCAUGUCUUAUAAAGACGAGACAUUAUCCUUGAAAGAUCUAUGUUUAAGGAUAGUGAGAACAUGGAAAAGGGCACUGAUAACAGAAUUCUAUACAAAACUUCAUGCAAUGGCGUACGUGUUCUUGUGUGUGGCAUUGUCUGUUCCUUUACUCAUGUCUGCUAAUCUCACCACCAUUUCAGCCACCGUCUUGCUAGUUAUUUCUGCUUGUGUUUGCUGUUUAUAUCUGCCCGUCGUUUGGAACUUGGCUAUUGUCGUAUGUGUAGUCGACAAAGGUUGUGGAAUCGAGGCAUUGGGAAAAGCUGCCGCGCUUAUCAAGGGCAAGAGAUUGCAUGGUUUUAUGCUAAACUUAUGCUUCAAUCCGCUGUGCUUGAUUCUAUUUCUGAACUGCGGUAUGAUGCCAGAGAAUUGGACCAUUAAUGGAUUGAUUGUGAUGGGAGUCUUUUUUUUGGGGAUUUUUUUCCCGAAGGUGGCAUAUACGGUAUUAUACUUCCGGUGUAAGAAGAGCUAUGGCGAAGAAAUUGAAUUAUACAGGAGCAUGGAAUACAGCAAACUGCCCUCUACUCAACCAGUCAGUAAGUCUAGCAAUUUACCGAGCCGAGUUGAGGAAAAAUUCUUGUAG